UUCAACAUCACCCUCCCUCAUUGUCACACUAUCUCUCCUCCCCGUCGUCCCCCGUUUAAAAACUUUUGUGACGCAUUAAAGAAUCAUAAUCACACGUGCUUCCCUUCCUUUUGCUCGCCGGAAUUUCCUCCCCUUCCUUUCCGUUCUUUCACAUCUCCAUCCAAACAGUCCCUUAACUUCACUUUUCAAAUCAGAUUUGAUCUCUCUCACUGUUUCCUACUGAAUCUAACAGUAACAGCAUAAUUGCUAUUUUUGAUGGGGGCGGUCACAUCCACGAUGGCGGCGAAGUUUGCGUUUUUUCCUCCGAGUCCUCCGUCUUACGAGCUGGAGGAGGAGGACGAGGAAGCGGAGGGCGGUGCGAAGAAGUUAAGGAUGGCGGCGGCGGCGGGUGUACAUAAUAGUAAUAGAGAAUACGUUGACGUGUUGAAAUUGGAAACGAAGAGAGGGAAUCAUGUGGUGGCGGUGUAUUUUAAGAACCCUGCGGCUUCAUUGACAGUGCUUUACUCGCAUGGAAAUGCAGCUGAUCUGGGGCAGAUGUAUGAUUUGUUUUGUGAGCUCAGUUUGCAUCUCCGUGUUAACUUGAUGGGGUAUGAUUAUAGUGGGUAUGGACAGUCAACUGGAAAGCCAACUGAGCAGAAUACAUAUGUUGACAUAGAAGCUGCUUAUAGGUGUCUUGAAGAGAAAUAUGGGGUUAAAGAAGAAGAUGUUAUCUUAUACGGGCAAUCAGUUGGAAGUGGACCCACUUUAGAUUUGGCAACACGGUUACCAAAAUUGAGGGCUGUGGUUCUUCACAGUCCAAUUGCAUCCGGCCUUCGCGUAAUCUAUCCAGUGAAGAGAACAUACUGGUUCGACAUAUAUAAGAACAUUGAUAAAAUACCUUUCAUCAAUUGUCCAGUACUGGUGAUUCAUGGAACUGCUGAUGAUGUUGUGAGUUGGUCCCAUGGUAGGCAGCUUUGGGAGCGAUGUAAAGAGAAGUAUGAACCAUUAUGGGUGAAGGGAGGGAAUCAUUGUGACUUGGAGCUUUACCCGCAAUACAUAAAGCAUCUCAAGAAGUUCAUAUCAGCCAUUGAGAAAUCAUCACGUCUGAGAAAUGUAUCUGGGUCCAUUGUGGAUCAAACAGAGGAUCCUCGAAAGAGCACAGAUUUUAGGGAGGUUGCCAGAUCUAGUAUAGAUCAGAGAGAGACGUCUAGACUAAGUGCUGAUAAAAAAGAAAAGCCUAGGCUAAGCACAGACCGCAGAGAGAAGUCAAGGUCCAGCACUGAUAGGAGAGAGAGAUCAAGAAAAAGCGUGGAUCACCCUGAGAGAGAGAGCAAUGGUUCAGACCAGCAUGACAAAGCUAGGAACAGCAUUGAUCGCUUUGGGGACAUGAUAAGAUCUGUUGGAUUGUGCAAUAUCGAUUGCUUCAAGCCCACGGCGACAGCCAUCUGAAGAAGAAAAAAUGUCAAUAUACAUUCUGAGGUUAUAUUUUACUUCAAUUAUUUAAUUGGUUGAUGGGGUUGUUUUGGUGAUAGUCAACAUUUCCACAUAAAAAUAGGAAAUUAAUUUAACCCGAUAA